CAAUCAAACCGGUCUGGCAAGUUUUAUUUUCUCCUUAACUCAAGCACACGCGUGCACCGUCUGCCCUGCUUGCUUUCUGCUCUCUGACACACACUAAAGACAUUGCUGACUGCAUUCUGACUCUGUCCUGACACAAACUUUACAAUUAAAGAGGAAACCAUUGCUGUUGAGUUUAGUGAGGCAACCACAGACAUAAUCCUGGAUCAUGUAGAGACAUGCCGAAUCCUGUCCCUGGAAUCCGUAUCCAAAGUGUUAAUGUGGAAGUAUACUGGCAAUAAGUCCAUUCAUCUACUUCAGGAAAUAAGAAACCAUAUAUAAAACAGCUGAAGUUUUUCAUUUCAAAGGAUGUCAACUGACGCCGUACAGCCCUCUCCACGGAGAAUAAUAAAGCUGGCUGUAACUCCUGGCACACCGAGUCGCAACCCAGAGCUAAGUUGUCCAGUCAAAUCAUCCCCAGGGAUACGCAAACCAAGUGCGGUGGAACGUUUGGAAGCAGACAAGGCCAAGUACGUCAAGACUCAACAGGUGGCGUUGAAAAAGCAGCACCCAGUCACUUGUUCCUCCAACAACAACAACAACCAGAGUGGACAAGCUGCUCAACAGCCAUCGAGGAAGAUCGCUGUAAAACCCACCAAGUCUGAAACGCCACCCCUUAACCUGGAACAUCUUUGCAAACUGAUCGAUGGAGUCGGCGAUACCACCGUUCCGGUCGUUUCUACACAAACCAACAGCACUGGGAAAGCUCAAGAUGCUACAGACACAUGCAAGGCCAUCUCUCCAACAAAAAGUCAGCUGGAUGAACCUUCUGUCGGGUCAACUUCAAGUCAAGCAAAAGCUGCGGUAGAAGCCUCAGGGGUUAACGGAUGUCCUACCAUGACGGUGCGGAGAGUCGAUGUCAGACCGCAGUUACCUCAAAUGAGGAUGGCCGGUAGACCACCGCUACAGAACCGCUCACAGGUACAACUGUCCACGUCGCAGGUCCCGUUAAAACUUCUGCGCUUGCUUAGACCAUACACACAGCAAAAUCAGCAACCAAUUGAUUUCAAAAGUUUCCACAAUGUCACGAACGUCAACCGAGGACCUAUUAAACCACCAAACGGUGCUGCACAAACCUCACCUUCUUCUAAAUCCCCAUCUAGCCCUCUCCCCAUAAAACCAAACACAGAACCACUAUCGUGUCCCUCUCCGACCCAAAAGACUCCAACCCCCGUUGCUUCGUUCCUAGCCAAAAAUGACAUCCAGUCCCCACCAUCUCCGGCCAUCACUCGGCUCUCCUCAACAAGCUCCAGGAAGCGUCCUUCACUGACGCGCUCAAAAUCUGAUGUCAGCGACUGCUUUUCACGAGCCGGGGUAGAGCUCGAGCGCUUCUUUAAUUACUGUGGCCUUGACCCAUUGGAUUUAGAGGAGCUGGGAACACCAGGUUCUGACAUUGUGUCCGUUUCACGUCUUCGUAGCGCCAGUGCCCCAGCUUCCGAGCGUACGGCUGAGGGUGAAGACGAGGAAGAAGAAGCAGCAAAAGAUGAACGUCCUGUUUAUGGCGUUUCCGUCAUCGAGAGAAAUGCUCGAGUGAUCAAGUGGCUUUAUGGAAUGCGCCAGGCCAAAGAGAGUCCUCAAGUGGCCAAUAUGUAACAGACAACAGUUAAGACUGAAAUCAAACAUGAUGUACAAAGUGCUAACUGUACUUUUCCCAUUCAGUAUUUUGUCUAUUAUCUUUAGAGUUGUCUAGUUGAAUCUACUGUGUUUGUGUGUCAUUUAUAUUAAUUUAAGCUUGGUGGUCAUUAGCAUGACUGUAGCCACCUGUGUUCUCAAACACUGACCAUGCUUUCAUAGGGUAAACGCCAAUAAACCUUUAAGCACAAUGUGUUUUUUGCAUUGUUGUCUAUUUCAACAAUGAUAGGCUGUUCUUGACCGGCUGAAUCAAAUGAUGGCAGGGGUUUUGGCAGAAAUAUCCAAAACUGGUGCAUGCAAAACGAAUUUGUGUCAUCCAAAAAUAUUUUCAAAGUGGACCAUAUUUUUUAUAUAUAUAAAUUGUACUUUGUGUCAUUUGAUGAUUAAAAAAAAAAAGUAUUUGUUUGUCACCAUGUUAAAAUUCAUUGGUUUACUCCGUCACCUCAGAUCUUUAUUAUAAGAUAGGAGGAAAACUUUGCUUUGGUACACAACAUUUUGUACACUAAGGGCCAGAUUUACUAACAGCUUGCAACAGCACAAACCCUCUUUUGCUGUUAAAAAACUACUGUCAGGAUUUACUAAAAACACAGUGAAAAAUUAGCUGGAAAGGCAUGGACAGGGUUAUUUUUGCAGCUAACUUUAAUGUAUAUGCAUUUGUACAAUUCCCUGUUUCCCUUUCAGACGCAAAAUUCAUGGCUGGAGAGUUUUUAAAUGAAUCGUGCAAGGUGAUUCACGAAGUCAAUUUACAGGUCAGGUGUGCUAGUCAAUUUAAUCUAUUUUGCAAUCUUAAUCUAUGUUGUCAGUAGAUCACCUGCACCCUAUUAUGUUAGCGACCCUAUGCUAAGGUCUGAAGUUUUCUUGUGCGUUUUUUCAUAUUCGUGAUUCGGUGGCUCUGAACUGUCAAAACACCAUUCAAACUGCUUGCUGCGGUUGCGAAAAACGCAAGUUUCGGAAGCAAUGUGCAAGCGUGAUUGACAUAACAUGAGGUCGUAUUUGUUUUUUUUAACGUGCGAACAUUUUUAACGCGAAUUUCGGAUUCAGUGUGCAAGGCCUUUGGGGCUGUUUACACAAAACCGUUUUCAACUAAAAACAAAAUGGCAGCAAGAGCAAGUUUUUGAAAACGGUCGAUGUGUAAACAACAAAAACACAACGAUGACAUCAUGCCCACCACGUAUUACGUGUUAAAUCUAUAGUGUUUCAUCGCCGUCUACCCUGAUAGCACACAUACAUCACAGAGACGUCUAUUUGAUGUGUGUGUUUACAUUUGGAAGUAAACGCACACAUCACAUUUUUAUUUGCUCAUCUGCAAUACGUCUAUAGGACGUUUGCUGUCAGAAGUAAAAUAGACUUUUAGAAGAUGUCUUUAAGAUGUAAUGAUUUAGAAUGUAACUGGCAUCUUAAAGAUCUCUAUCAGAUGUUAGCAAACAGCAGAUGCUUUCCAGCUGAAGGGAUCUUUAACAGACAUCUUGCAGACGUGCGUGUGCUAUCUGGGCAAUGGCUGACAGCAGAUUACAGCGUUUUUAGUUUUUUUCACAGAUACAGAUUUUUACAAAGGUGUCGUCUGCACGUGGAAAACACAAGUUAAAAUGUUUUAAGCAUAUCGCUGUCGUGUAAACGUACCCUUAGUAGAUCGCGUUGGUCGUUAUGGGAAUGCUAAUUUUUCCUGUUUAGUAAAUCUGGCCCUUAAUGCAAUGGUACACAACAUACUCCAAAUAUGGAAUCCUGCAGGAGUGAGCAGAUUUGAUUUGUAGUUAAGGGGUUUGUCAUCGAAUGGAUGUCCAAAAAACCAGUGUCGUAUUGUACUGACAAAUAGACCGUUUUAGCAAACUCAUCUUAAAGAUUGAGCUCUAUAUGACUAAAAAGAAUAAAAAUGAAUUUACCUUGA